AUGUGGCGAAGUGGUGCCGACUCGCUUUGCCCACUUGGUCAUAAUGUCAGAGGCACCACGAAGAACACAUUCCACACUUCGGCCUCCUCCUCUUUUCAACAUUUGACCGGUAACUUGGUGGCACAUUCCAAAACAUUUCACAGACACGGAAGCAGGCCCUUGGUUCAAGUCCAGUUAAGGACCAAUGCGAGUUCGCCACUGGACGAGGACCUUUUUCGGGUGGACAUGACAGAACCAGAGUUCUACAGCAGUUGCGACUCAGCGUUGCGCUCCAAGUUCUGCCCCAAAACACAUAACCGGCCAAUUCUCUUUACCACCGCCGGCCAGCCGGAACGCUGUUGA